ACCAUGCAUUGCAUACGUCACAGUCGAAGGAUUUUACUCUAACCUGACCCGACUCUGAGUUUCUAACCCUCCUCGCACCUCUUCGGACACGUUUCCCCGAUCUCGUCGUUACGGCGCGACACACCACGUGGAGGAUAAUGAGAAGAAACAUGAACGGGAUGAAGCAAUUAGCAUUGAAUUUAGCCGCUCUGACCAGCGUGGGUAUGGGAGGCUGGUAUCUGGGCAAGUUCUCCGAACAGAGGCGAUAUUCGACGGACAGUGGAACGAGUGUGUUGUCGGCGGUGCAAAAUAUGCCAGGUUUGCCCCUGUUCGGCACGGUUUCGGCGGCCACCCCCUUCACACCUUCCGAAAAGAGCUGCGACAUGGGCUCCAAUCUGUCCUCGAUCGCUACGAGGGUGUCGCAGAUUAUGAAAUUUGGUUUUCCCGGAUUGGAUCAUGUCAGGUCGUACGAGGAUUUUGUGCUCUCUUACGACAGGCGAAACAAAGUUGCUCAUUGGGUGUUUGAACACUUGACCAAGGAGAGGUUGCAAUGCAACAAGGAAGUGGAUCGCUCCAGGUGCGAGUUCAAACCUGAUCAGAGUAUACACCCUUUCUUCAGAUCAGACAAUACGGACUACAAGGGAAGCGGCUAUGAUCGUGGUCAUCUAGCGGCGGCUGGAAAUCACAAAGUGGAACAGAAACACAUGGAGCAAACCUUUUUCCUCACCAACAUGGCACCGCAAGUCGGCAAGGGCUUCAAUAGAGAUUCCUGGAAUAGAUUGGAGAAACACGUUCGGAAAUUGACAAACGUCUACAAGGAUGUUUACGUGUGCACAGGGCCGCUGUACCUUCCCAAAAGAGAAGCGGAUGGAAAGAAAUAUGUGCGCUACGAGGUGAUAGGCGCGAAUCAUGUGGCGGUGCCUACGCACUUUUACAAGGUGAUUGUCGGUGAAACCAGCGACGGCAAGCUUGAAAUGGAAGCGUUUGUGAUGCCGAACACACCAAUUGACGAUAACGCGCCACUCACUAAUUUUCAGGUGCCGCCAGACAGCAUCGAACGCGCUGCCGGGCUUUUAUUCUUUGACAAUAUAUCACGCAACAAAUUAAGCAAGGUGAACGGCAAGAACGCAGGCUAGAUCUGAAAACUGCUCAAUUCACUUAAUUUCUUUUUACUAACCGAUUGAAAAGUUCUAAUAUUAAGAUUGUAAAAAGUUUUAAUUUCUGAAACAUCAUUGAUCGUAUAUUUAAGUCCAGUCGAUUAUUUUUUAGCUCAUGUACAUAGCUUUUAGAAAUUUUAUCAAUCAUGACAUAUUAUACAUAUAUUAUAUAUUAUUUUAGCUGGUCUGUAUUUUGUGGAAUAAUAUGUAUUUUAUGGAAUAAUAAAGAUAAAGAUGUUUGUUAAUGCGUU